GUUUGCUAACCGUUUUUCUUCUUCAUGUCUUGAUACACUCGUUUGACACUCAUUUCCCCCCCCGCGCUCGCUUUCAUUCUCCCUCACUCUCCCUCUCUCCUCCCUCUCUCCAUCACGGUCGGCAACGGCCACCACGCGUUCACAAUGCCAUCUUCCCAUCGACUGGCCCGAGCUCUGGCUGCUAUAUCUGUAUUCAUCACUUGCUGCACGGGACAGCAAUGUUACUUUCCUGGCGGAACGGAAUCGGAUCACACGCCAUGUGCCUCCAAUGGAUCUCCUUCUGCGUGCUGCGCAUCGAGUGCAUUCUGUUUGGAGAAUGGACUGUGUCUUGAGCAAGGCAUUCUCACGAGGGGAAGCUGUACCGACAAGACAUGGGAGAGCGAGGCAUGUGCCGGAUAUUGUAGACAGGAGAGUCCAGGAGGAAGCAUAGCGAUCAAACCAUGCGAAGCCAGUGGAAGCAGGAGCACAUUCGUGUGUGGUCUCAACAACACACAUUGCCGAGACUCCACAAAGACAUUCACGCUGUCAGGAACUAAUUCCUUGAUACUACGGCCGGCCCAAGUAUCUGCAUUAGUAGCGCCCAUCCUGAGCAGCAGCAGCAGCAGCAGCGCAACGACUCUGCCUACAACAUCUGUACAACCUUCCGCGGAAAUCUCCUCGUGUCCGGACGCGGCAAAUGGGCCCUAUUACACUUUAGGCCAAAUGGCAGGACUCGGCGCGGGAUUGGGGAUACCUUUAUUCAUCGCCGUGUGCACAGCAUUCAUGUUCUGGAGAAAAGAACAUCAGCGCCGACCCAAGCUGAUGUACGAAUUACCCGACGACGAGCUCUUCGAUCGAAAACCUCCACCAUCCACCUUCUUUCCCGCGCACCCAGCAGUCCGCUCCCUAUCCUCGCGAGAGGGCGGUUUCGGCGUCAAACCCGCCUACGACCUUCGAAGUUUCAGCCCCGUCGUCUCGCCCAUUGCGCAAGGCAGAGAUACUCCUCCACACAUGCACUCUUUUGCCGAACGAUAUUCUGCUAUGAAUCACAACAACAAUACCAACAGCAAAGCUGUCAGCAGCAUCACCACCACCAGCUUGUCUUCACCAAUGCACGAAGAGACGAUUUCGGAACUGGAUGGUCAACCUGUGGGAUCUGCGUUUAGAUUUACGACGCAUAUGAAAGCUCCUGGUGGGGAUAAGGAGAAGAAUGUGCCUGCUACGACGACGAUUGAUUUGGGUAAUCGGACGAUUACGACGAAUAAUUCUCCUUUUCAGAGUAACAACAAUGGUGGUUACAAUGGCAAUCACAGUAACAGUAACAACAGCAGCAGGCCUUUUCGAGAUCGGGAGCGAGAUCGAAUAUAAUUGAUUAUUUAAUUAAGAAUUUAAUGAAA